AUGUUGACUACCACCCGAAACGAACGAAUCGACAAUUACAGCCCAACAGACGAUCCGCAGAUAGCCAGAAAGAUAUACACCGAAUGCCACUACGUCGGAGCUGUCGAUCAACGUAUCUCACGCUACGAUCGGGUCAAACCAGCCGAAACGGCACGCGGAAAAAGAGGCAACGUUUAUGGCUUCCCGAUGAACUUCUCCUAUGCGGAAAUCCCAGUCAUUUUGGAACGUGUGAAAGCGAAAGGAAUUCACGAACUUCUCGGCCCGGAUUAUGAUCUGGAUUUCGGCGAUUCUACCAGUCUGUUUCGUGCAUCUCGAAGUUUGGGUGACAGCCAGACAACCCUGCGCGACUCUUCUCUCAGUAGAUCGAUGCUCUCCUCUUCGGUCAAUUUGCAGUUCGCAUUGGCAGUGUAUGUGAAAGCAUACAGUGGACCAGUAUUGUCAAUAUGGGUCUAUCUGGCCGCGUUAUGGCGACGCCCUAAUACGUGA